AUGCGCUCGACAAUAAGUACUGUGGCUGUCAUGGCCUUGACGGCAGAGCUUGCCGUCGCAUGGCCGGUGCACACUCCCAAACUCGCCUACAACCCGGCGGACGAGUACUACAUCUCGUUUGGUCCUCGCCCUUACUAUCUUAUUCAGAACAUGACCGAGAGCCCUCUCAAGAGCCAACUUGAAUCGUGUGAGAACGGGCCGUUUGGCGUGACCGCCUGGAGCAUAGGCCAUCGCGGUGGUGGCACACUUAUGAUCCCCGAGGAAACGGUGGAAUCUACAAUGGCUGGUGCUCGCAUGGGUGCUGGAAUCCUAGAAUGCGACGUCUCCUUCACCUCCGACCGCGGACUAGUAUGCAGACACGACAUCUGUGACUUGCAUACCACGACAGAUAUCCUCUUGAGACCGGAGCUGGCGAAGAAGUGUCAUACUCCAUUCACGCCGGCCAACGCUACCCACGAUGCCACGGCCCUAUGCUGCACGGCCGACAUCACCAAGGACGAGUUCAUGUCUCUCUGCGGAAAGAUGGACGGCUUCAACGCCAGUGCCACCACGCCAGAGGACUACCAGCACGGAGUUCCCUUUUUCCGCACAGAACUGUACGACACGUGCGGACAGGUCAUGUCGCUAGAUAGCUACAUUGAGCUCGUGGACUCUCUUCCGGGCUACCGCAACUACACGCCCGAGCUGAAGACCCCUCCCAAGGCCGUCCCCAUGCCUUUCAACGGCUACACGCAGGCCCAGUACGCUCGAGACAUGAUCAACACUUUCAUCGCCCACGGCAUCGACCCGGCCCGCGUGUAUCCCCAGUCCUUCACGCCCGCCGACGUGUACCUGUGGCUGAACGAGUAUCCUGAAUGGGGGGCCCAGGCGGUAUUUCUCGACGAGGACGGAGACGACCCGUCCAACUUCACUACCGCAGUCAACCGUCUCCCUGCGCUCAAGGCGAGCGGUGUCAACAUCAUCUCCCCGCCCAUCAACUACUUGCUGGCCGUCGGGGGUCCAAACAACGACACCAUCGUGCCCUCGGACUAUGCCAUCACGGCCAAGAACGCCGGGCUCGACAUCAUCGCGUGGUCGUUUGAGCGCUCCGGGCCCCUGACGCGUGUCGCUGCAGACGACGACUACUAUUACGCUUCAAUAGCCCCCGUAGUGCAUUACGACGGACAGAUGUACGAGGUUCUCGACGUCAUGGGCCGCGAGAUCGGCAUCAAGGGUAUGUUCGCUGAUUGGUCGUCGACGGUCACGUAUUAUGCGAACUGCUUUGGUUUGAAAGGACCAGGGAAUUAA